UGAAAGUGUCCCGAUUGGAAAGGUGUGAAAGUGUCCGGACUGGAAGGGGGUGAAAGUGUCCGGACUGGAAGGAGGUGAAAGUGUCCGGACUGGAAGGGGUGUGAAAGUGUCCGGACUGGAAGGGGGUGAAAGUGUCCGGACUGGAAGGAGGUGAAAGUGUCCGGACUGGAAGGGGUGAAAGUGUCCCGACUGGAAAGGUGUGAAAGUGUCCAGAAUGGAAGGGGGGGGAAAGUGUCCGGACUGGAAGGGGGGGGAAAGUAUCCGGACUGGAAGGGGGGAAAGUGUCCGGACUGGAAGGGGGGGGAAAGUGUCCGGACUGGAAGGGGGUGAAAGUCUCCAGACUGGAAGGGGGGGAAAGUGUCCAGACUGGAAGGGGGUGAAAGUGUCCGGACUGGAAGGGGGGGAAAGUGUCCAGACUGGAAGGGGGGGAAAGUGUACGGACUGGAAGGGGGGGGAAAGUGUCCGGACUGGAAGGGGGGGGAAAGUGUCCGGACUGGAAGAGGAUGAAAGUGUCCGGACUGGAAGGGGGGGAAAGUGUCCGGACUGGAAGGGGGUGAAAGUGUCCGGACUGGAAGGGGGGUGAAAGUGUCCGGAC